GGUUUACAUUUUGCGGCCGAAGCGCACGGCGCAGUGUUCGGUUUCGUCGACGUUCUCUAGACCCUGACGAAUGUUCGAUCGCUUCGAUGCCCGCGCGGCAUACUGUCUUUAACAGUUCCGGCAAAUGAUACCUGUUCUUGCCUUUCUGGGCAAUCCAUAUUCGACGGGUGGAAACCACGACAAAGAGUCAGACGAUUCUGUUCAUUACGAUGGGUGAGUGCACAAGUCUGUGAGAUGUUGGCACACUUGCGUUUUGGUUUGCGGCGCACACGCUCAUGCCGCGCACAUCCUCAGCUGACGAUCCGUACACUUCUGCGGCCGCUGCAUCGGGGUCAUUUGCAGGCCUCUCUCUGUGGCUGCAGAUUAGCAACUCGGCGACGCAGGAAGCGGUGCAGCAUGUGAUGGCCGAGCUGCGGUCACAUGUGCCAGAGGACGCUCCAGCAUUUGAGCCGCACGCGACGCUGCUUGCUGGUCUUUCCACCGACGAAGGCUGGACGCCGGAAAAGGUGUGGGAAUAUGUACAAGCUGCAGUGCGGGCGUGGAAGGCGAGCCCGCAUUGUGCCCAUCUCGAGUGCAGCUUUCGCUCGAUGACAAGGAGAGACGUAUUCUUUCAAUGCGUCCUCAUCGAGCUUGAGCAGCAGCCAGCCCUCAUGGCGCUCAACGAAGCAAUGCGUAAGGCGUUCAACAAGCAAGAGCAGCCACCGUAUUUCCCUCAUAUCUCGCUCCUGUAUGCGGGGAUCGGAGGGGAAGGCGCAGAAGCGGAGAUUGCUUGGGCCGGGGAGCACAGAUUAUGGACCAAAAAGGGGCAAAGCAUCGAGGUGGGACCUGCAAACGCACGUGUAGGCGUCGCGACAUUCUCGAAGCUCUCGCUGUGGGACACGAACGGGCCUGUAGCGCAGUGGAAGAAGCUCCGAGAAAUGGAUGUGCUUUAAGCACAAGCCCGAAAUGGAUUGGGAAAGUGCUAGGACCACCAGAGCAGUGCAACCGCAGCUUGGUGGAGUUGGGAUGGGUCCUCGGCGGAAGGGUGCAUGAUGCGCUGAACGGGCAGCACGCUGAGCACAGCGGAGCCUGCUUGCAUGCGGCACGAAGC